GUCCGCAAGACCUAUUUCAAUUUGGCCUUUUGCGAUUUCUGCCUUAAGUUCAUUUUCCAUGGCUUUCGAUGUCAAACAUGCGGCUACAAGUUCCAUGAACACUGCAGUAGCAAAGUGCCUACGGUAUGCGUGGACCUGGCUACAACCCACAAACCUGUUUACAGCCAUGAAUUGUGUCAAGACUAUAUCCCCACAGCCUUUAUCCAGCCUAGCUACAAACCCAUGACCCCUCAAGCAGUCAGCUCCAACAAACAGUCACCCCACAGUCAAGAUGCCUUCAAUUUUCCCAACAUUCCCAGUGAUGGUCGUCUACAACGACACCGCUCAACAUCUACCCCUAAUGUCCAUAUGAUCAGCACCACCAUCCCUGUGGACAGCAGCAUUCUUGAGGCCAUGUCCAGGAACCACAACACAGAUGUGACUGGGCCCGAAUUGGUUCCUAACACCCCACCAACCCCCUCAGUUGCCGUUUCUCCUGGUCGACGUUCUCCGCACCCCAAAUCCCCAGGCGAGUCUCCGAGAGAGCGCAAGGUGCCUUCUGAAGACAAGAAGAAGCCUGUGAGUACUGAGCACUGUGAAGCAGUAUGUAAGUUUAAGUGCCAUUGCUUUAACUCAUUGUCUCUUUUCCCCAGUUACCUUCAUGCUAAGAACAUAAUCCACCGGGAUCUCAAAUCAAACAAUAUCUUCCUGCAUGAAGGCUUGACCGUGAAGAUUGGUGAUUUUGGCCUUGCCACGGUGAAGACACGUUGGAGUGGCUCACAGCAAGUGGAACAACCCAGUGGUUCCAUCCUCUGGAUGGCAUCGGAAGUGAUUCGAAUGCAGGACCCCAAUCCUUACAGCUUCCAGUCAGAUGUCUACUCCUAUGGAGUCGUCCUCUAUGAGCUGCUCUCCGGGACUCUUCCGUAUAGUCAUAUCAACAAUCGGGACCAGAUCAUAUUCAUGGUUGGUCGGGGAUAUCUGUCGCCUGACCUUAGCAAGGUGCCAAGCAAUUGCCCCAAAGCCAUGCGCAGGCUAAUGAGUGACUGCCUUAAAUUCAGUCGUGAAGAAAGGCCCCUCUUCCCUCAG